AUGGGCGUCGUGCGUUGUGCAUGCAACUGCCCGCCGUUCGUUCCUACCUACCCUGGACAUCAGCAGCCGUCGAGCUACUUUUCCCUGAGCGAGGCCGUACCGAGCACCCUGCGCUCCCACAGCGGGAGCAUGGAUGUCACGGACGUCGCCUACGCCCCCCGAAUGACGGCGUUCUCCAGGAGAGGGGAGACCCUGCUGGAGGACCGCCUGGCCGAGGACGGCGACGCCUCCGCCGACUACAACCCCGCGGACGACGACACCACCUCAGACGAGGGCAGCCCCAUCGCGCGACAGAGCCACCUAGACCACCACCUCAACCGCCAACGCCUGGGCGACGCCGCCAACGCCGACGGCGACGGCGGUGCGGACGGGGGGGGAAUGAUGGACCUGGAGGACGGGGGGGGAGUCGGAGGAGAAGGAGGAGACGUUGACGAGUUGGGUCCGGGGAUUGCGCUCGGCGGCGGGUUGGAGGAGAGCGGCGGCGGGUUGGAGGAGGUGGUGCGGAGGGGAGAAAGGGCCGGUGGGUUGGGGCUGGAGCCGCUGGAGUUGCCAAGGCCACCCACCGGGCCAAACGCUUCCGGUGGAAAACCCGAGGACGACGUCGAAGAAUCCCCCAGGUCUUCUCCGCUUGGCCAAGGCCCCGGCUUACAGGCGAUCGCCUUUGAAGCGGCAGAGUCGGGGAAAGCCUCUCCUUCUUUGUCCGGCGGGGCGGGGGGAACCGGGGCGGGAGCGCUAUCGCUAGGCGGGGGGGGUCCCAUAGUCGAUGGCGGAGACUUUACUGCCUCGGGAGGGCCAAGGAUCUGGCGGGAUGUGUCUGCGGGCAGGGAGAACGGCGGUGGCAGCGGUGGCGGCGGCGGUGGCGGUGCCGGCGGGGUUAGCGUUGGGGCAGGUGGCGGCAUCGACAGCCCUGCUGUUAGGGAGAUGAGGGCGGACACGGUUAACUCGACUAGCAGCGACGAGAGCAUGGCGGGCAACGCUAGGCUUUCAGCCCCGGCGAUGAAGAAGCAGUGGGAAGAGGCCAUGAGUGGGGGCAACACCCCGGAGACUCCGCACAGGUCGAGAAGAGGGUCGACGAGCAUAGACGGGAGCGUUGGCCGCGGUGUACCGGGUAACAUCUUCUCUCCGUGUGCAGCCCGGGGACUCGGGUCGUCCUUCGGACCCGUGGAAGGCGUCGUCACCAGGACCGGCCGGGCGGGGUCGGUGAACGGGGUCGGCGGUAGCGGCGUCGGCGGCGGUAGCCUCAGCCUGAGCGGCGGCAGCAUUGGCGCCGGUCUCGGCGGGGGCGGGGGCGGCGGCGGGGGCGGCGGCGGCGGUGCCUCGAUCUCCGUCCUGGGGACCCACCUGCGGACGUACGGGUGGGUGAGGGACGAGGAGGUGUCGGAGUGCAUGAACGCCUGCGGGACGGAGUUCACCACCCUGGAGAGGCGCCACCACUGCCGAUGCUGCGGGGCGAUCUUCUGCCAGAACUGCAGCCGGCAUCGUUGUCUAGUGCCGGAGCCGGUGACACCCCCCGGAAAGGAUCCCCUAGACCCGACAAGGCCUCACAGGGUAUGCAACGCCUGCUACGCCGACGUCCAGGCGUCUCAGGAGGAGUUGCUGUCGAAGGUGAGUAAGGCCCGGAGGCACAACGACUUCAACACCGACUCCGCGGCGAGACACUGCAACCCCCCCUUCGGAUUGGACCUGGCGCACGAGGUGCGAAAAUCGGCCAACACGCUGAACAACAUCCUGGAACGGCGGCAGGGGUGCGACUGCGAUGGGAUGAACCUCAUGCUCAGGCCCGAGCAGAGAAUUUCGCAGUCACUUUGUCGCGGUGCUAUCGGCCUCGUCUUCGUCACUAUCGCCAAGGCGGGUUUCCUGUACGCUGCGGAGGCGGGGACGGGUCUCUGCGUCGCCAGACUCCCGGACGGCAACUGGUCCGCGCCGGCGGCCGUGCAGAUGUUUGGUCUCUCCUGGGGGUUGCAAGCCGGAUGCGAGGUUGUGGAUGUCGUGAUUCCCUUGAGGUCCGAUGCUGCCGUCGAGAUGCUCAAGUGCGGUGGACAGGCGUACGCCAAUCUCGACGCGGCCGUGGCGGUGGGCCCGAUGGGGAGGUCGGUCGGCUCCGCCGUCGGCGGUCGAUCGUGGCCCGGGGAGGCCCCGGCUGUGGAUUUUGGUUUCAUUUCGCCAUUCCACAUCACCCUAAACUCGGCCAUGCUCUGCUGCACCGUAAUUCACUUCAAUUCUCUCCAUUGCACCUAGAGUCACGACCGUCUUCAUUCGGCUUCACUCCCACUGCUCCCCGUGGGUUUCACUGCUCCAGUCCGGUUUGUUACUCCUCGUAGUGCCGGCACCUUUUGGUGUACAUUGUUUACGUUCCAUUCCUGAUUACUCCGUUUCGCUUCACUCCAUUGCACUCCGACGCCGCUACAACCUGGGUCACUCCGCAGAAAAUAUCUUCGGUCAUUCUGUACGCCGGUUCACUCUACGUCUUUUCCCGGUUUUCUCCAAUUCAUUUCCAUUUUUUCUCCGGCUGACUCUGAUGGAGCUGUGCGGUUCGUGUUGUCGUGCCGUUCCCCAUCUCAUGUCCACGUUCUCUCUCACACACACCCAACACUGCUGUCCAGGCUGCCCGCUACAGCCUCUCCAAGGGCCUAUUCGCCGGGUUCGGUGUCGGGGCCGGCUUUCUUCGAGUCGCGGACCGAGUGAACGAGCGGUUCUACGGAGCGCAGGUGUCGCCGCGUAACCUGCUGGGAGGCUUGAUGCCUCGACCGCCGGCGGCGAACCCUCUCUACUCUUCUCUGGGAAGACUGGAGAUUAUCACACGGAAGUAGAUGCCUGGCGGCUAGACGGAAACGGUGCGGUGGAGAACAAGACUCAUCCAAUGUACUGCAUACUUAUUUUUGAACCGACGGCGCACUCUGCAAGACAGUGCGGGCGAGGGUUGGCACGAACUUCGGUGCUGCGAACAUAUUUUUAGGGGCUUCACCAGUGGUUCCAUCGGUCGUUACAAGGAGUGGAGGGUGGUGGCCUUCCGGCAGCUUGGAAAGUUGAUGCUGUCAUUUGUCUCGCUUGCUUUGCCACUCUUUCGGGGAUUUUUGUGUUUUUUGCGUGGUGGCGUCUUGCACCAGAACAUGCUCGGAGGCCCCGGGAUGGUCGGGUUGACAUGUACAUGUAGAGGGAAGCGGCCUGCAGUGCUUGCGGUAAAGCGCUAAUGAUCAGGCCUGUCUGAGUUACCCGCAGGUCUGCGUCUUGAUGGAACGCGUUUUGGCAAUGCCAACGGAGGUUGAUGGAACAUUUCGGUGGUGCCCACCUUGAGCGCAGGCUCUUCAAGGGCGGUUGGUUUUUGUGGCACUACCCGUCCGCUGGGUUCUGCGAGAUCAGCUCCCUAUCUUUACGUAGUGUCGCUUUUGUUGCGAUUGGCUGCUGCCGUUGCCAGA